AUCCAAAACUAAAAACCAAGACAAAAUCUACUAUUCUUCUAACCUAAAACCUUCUUUAAUUCUUGUUCUUUUUAUUUUUUUACAAAUUUUAUUCUUUUCUUUCUAUUAUUUUCAAUAUGUUAGGAAUUCGUAAGGUAUACCAAAUGCUUGUAAGCAAUGUAGUACCAUCCCUAGGAGUAGUUCCUCACUCGAAUGCUCGAAAUUCGAUUUCCAGUCCUACCCUUGCAACCCCAUGCAAGAAGAAUGUAGCACAAGCCAACGACACAAGGGCAAAAGCGUUAAUAACCGUGUUUGGCAUGGACAAAGAUGGAAGAAUAGCCAAAGAGAAGGCUUGUAAUGUGGUAAAGCAACUAGGGUUAGUCAAGGAAGAAGAAGAAUCGAGUUUUGAUGUACUAGAAGAACAACUCGAGGCGAAUGAAGUGCUCCUAAUGGAGCUAGAGGAGGAAGAGAAGAGAGAAAAGCAACAACUCCUUAGACAAGCUUUCUUGGUGUUUGAUGAGGAUAAAGAUGGUUUUAUUGAUGCAAAAGAGAUUAAGAGGGUUUUAGCAUGUUUAGGGUUGGAUAAUGGAUGGGAUAUGAAUGAAAUUGAGAAGAUGAUUAAGGUGGUUGAUCUUAAUCUUGAUGGAAAAGUUGAUUUCCAUGAAUUUGAAUUGAUGAUGGGAUGAUUUUCAUUUUAAAAAUGUUAUAAUGGAAUAUUAUUUCAUCUUAAUUUAUGUAAGAUAUACAACAAAAUUAGCCAAUUUAUUAUUUGACAUACUUUUAUUUUAUAUAUUUUUUGGUUAAUUUACAACAUACUUGGAAAAAUGGGUAUACAUGAAGAAAUGUAUUCCUUCAAAAAAAAAUCUCAUGAAUUCUAGUCAAAUUUAAAAUAACUUUGUUUAUUGGUUGAGUUUACAAUUUUUAAUUGUAAGAUUUGGAAUUCAAUACUCAACGACCCCAACUUUCAUAGUCGGAGGUAGGGGUCGGAUGAUGUGCAAUGAAUUAAAACUUAGCUUUU